UGUAUCCGUGCCUGCUUGUGCGACAGGUCCAUGCUAGCUCCUGUGAGAGGCAGGUUGUUUUCACAUGAUUCCGCUGUGAGGUGUAACGGAGUUUGUUGUUCAAGAUGCCGAUGAAAGGAAGGUUUCCGAUCAGGAGGACCCUGGAAUACCUGCAGAGAAGCGACAUCAUCUUUAAAAACCGAGUGAAGAUCAUGACGGUGAACUACAACACGCACGGGGAGCUCAGCGACGGAGCAAGAAAGUUUGUGUUCUUCAAUAUUCCUCAGAUUCAGUACAAAAACCCGUGGGUCCAAAUAAUGAUGUUCAAAAAUAUGACACCAUCACCGUUCUUGAAGUUCUACCUGGAUGACGGGGAGCAGGUGCUGGUGGAUGUGGAAGGGAAGGAGCACAUACAAAUUACACAACAUAUAAAGAAGAUUUUGGGCAAAUCAGAAGAAGUGUUACAAGCGGAGGCUCGUGCCAAGAUGCAGGCCUCCAACCCUGCAAACUUUGGUCCAAAGAAGUACUGUCUGAGGGAGUGUAUCUGUGAGGUGCACGGCCAGGUGCCGUGUCCCGGCAUCACACCGCUGCCCAAGGAGAUGACGGGAAAAUACCGGGCAAAGAUGGCAGCGUCGCAGGAGUGAAGACGCCCGAGGAUGAGAGCGUACGAUUCACGAUUUUACUGGACAAUAUUAUUAUAUUGUUUAAUUUUGUACAAUUACAUUAAUGGACUAACGCACAGCAUAUUGUGUUGUAAAUAUGCGCAAGUGAAUGGAUGGUUGAGGAUCGUCAGUGCCUGGACUGACGGCCUCCACGGGUCGGGGCAGUUAGCGCUUUGGAUAACUUGACAACGAACAUUGUGUUUGUACAUGAUGAGGCCUGGUGAAAGAUUCUUCACAUCUGGAUGUGAGCUGAAUAUUCAAACAUUCAAAUAAAGCUCAAGAUUUGCCCUUG